GGAGCCUCUAACCCUUGCUGUUCGCUCGCUGUUCGCCCCCCAGCCGCCACCGCCAGUUCUUCCAUUCCUCCGCGCUCUUUGAGCCUUCGUCUCCCAGUCUCCUCAACUCAGCAACCCGCGCUCCCGCCGCAUCUAUUCAUGGCGGAGCCGACCCCCAAGUCGAAGCGCACCAAGAAAGCGAAGAAGCCCUCGGCCCGGGAAGGUGAUGGAGAGGACAUGGAUACGCUCAAGUCUGACGUCGCCACAUUCGCCUCCUCCCUCGGCCUCCUCCCUGGCGCUGGCGACUCCAACGGCGGCUUCGAUGACUCCGACUUCCGCAAGUCCGGCCCCAUGUAUAAAUCCUCAAAAUUUCCUUCCAAACAACCCCAUCAAAAACCUGAUAACACGGCAAACCCCCAUCUAAACCCUAGACCUACCAAGAAGCCACACCCUCUCGAGCUACGUGACUCCUAUGCUGCCACCAAACCUGGUGCUGUCAACACUAAUUACCCCCUGAUGAAGGCGGCAGCACUCUCAGGGCAGUGGUACACUGAUGCUGAUGAGCUGGAGGCGAGGGUCCUAGGCGGUCGUAAGCAGGUGCCUCCAGCUGUGGGGCUUCAGGAGAUGCAGGGAAUAGUGGAGAGAAAACGAGAGCUGGCAGAGAAGCUCAUGUUGCAGUAUGCGAGGGAAUACGAUGCCGUGAGGCGAGGGCAUGGUGACCUGAAGCUCCUGGACAUAUCAGCAAAGUCUGGUACAUCAGCUGACAAGGUGUCAGCAUUUACAUGUCUUGUCGAGGACAAUCCAAUUGCAAACAUGAAGGCACUCGAUUCCCUCCUUGGUAUGAUAACAUCAAAAGUUGGUAAGAGGUAUGCGUUCACAGGAUUCGAUGCAAUUAAGGAGUUAUUUCUCAUGAGGUUAUUGCCUGACCGUAAGCUGAAAAGUCUUAUCCAACGCCCGCUAGACAUUUUACCUGAAACAAAAGAUGGGUACUCACUUCUGCUCUUCUGGCAUUGGGAGGACUGCUUAAAACAGAGAUACGAAAGGUUUGUUAUGGCAUUGGAGGAUGCGGUAAAAGAUAUGCUGCCAAAUCUUAAGGACAAAGCAAUGAAGACAGUUUUCAUGCUUUUGAAAAGUAAGUCAGAACAGGAACGUCGUUUGCUCACAGCUCUUGUUAACAAACUUGGUGAUCCUGAAAGGAGAGCAGCAUCAAGUGCUGCAUAUCUGUUAACAUGUCUCUUGGCUGCUCACCCUAAUAUGAAGAUGGUGGUGAUAGAUGAGGUGGAUUCUUUUCUCUUCAGACCACAUGUUGGACUUAGGGCCAAGUACCAGGCUGUCAAUUUCUUGAGCCAGAUUCUUCUUACAAACAAGGGAGAUGGGCCUAAAAUUGCAAAACGGUUGGUGGAUGUCUACAUUGCACUUUUCAAGGUACUAAUGAGCUCUGGUGAUACCAAAGGAGAUACAUAUAGCAAGGACAGCAAGAAAAAGGUAGGAAAAAUAGAGGGAGGAAAUAACAAGAUGGACUCCAGAUCCAAGGGAAACAAUGAAGUGGGUUCAACAGCAGGAUCAGAUUUGGAGCUGGACUCCAGAAUCCUUUCUGCGCUUUUAACUGGUGUAAAUAGGGCAUUACCAUAUGUUGCAAGCUCAGAAGUUGACGAUAUUGUGGAAGUGCAGACACCUAUUCUUUUCAGAUUGGUUCACGCUGAAAAUUUCAAUGUUGGUGUUCAGGCAUUGAUGCUUUUGUUCCAAAUAUCUAUAAAGAAUAAUAUAGCAAGUGAUCGUUUGUACCGUGCAUUAUACUCAAAACUCUUGAGUCCUUCUGCUGUUACUUCCUCAAAGCCAGAGUUAUUUCUUGGGCUGUUGGUGAAAGCGAUGAAGAAUGAUGUAAUGUUGAAGAGAGUUGCUGCUUUCUCAAAGCGGCUGCUGCAGGUGGCUCUUCAACGGCCUCCUCAAUAUGCUUGCGGAUGCCUUUUCAUUCUGUCAGAAGUCCUUAAGGCAAAGCCACCAUUAUGGGGGAUUGUGCUCCAGAAUGAAUCUGUUGAUGAUGGUGAUGAACACUUUGAAGACAUUUUAGAGAUUCCCGAGGACUCUUCUGUUGCCUCAGCAGUGCUACAUAAACAUAAUGAAAAAGUAGCUGCACAUGAGAAACACAACCUUGAUGCUGCUGAUGGAAUUGAUAGUGUAAAACAAGUAAAUUUGGUAGAUGAGAACAAUGCAUCAACUGACUCGUCCAGACAACAUGCAUUCUAUGAUCCACGACACAGAGAGCCUUCUUACUGCAAUGCAGAUCGUGUCAGUUGGUGGGAGUUAACAGUAUUGGCUUCACAUGUGCACCCUUCAGUUUCUACUAUGGCUAGAACAUUGCUAUCUGGCAACAAUAUUGUUUACAGUGGUGAUCCGCUGACAGACCUAUCACUUCCUGCUUUCCUUGACAAAUUCAUGGAAAAGAAACCAAAAGGGAACCGCAUAGCUGAAGGAAGAUGGCAUGGUGGAUCACAAAUUGCUCCGGCUAAAAAGCUUAAUCUGAAUCAUCAUCUCAUCGGAGAGGAGCUUCUAGAAUUGGCAGAAAAUGAAGUGCCUCCUGAAGAUAUUGUUUUCCACCGUUUCUAUUUGAACAAGACCGGCACUGUUAAGCGUAAGACAAAGCAGAAGGACUCAGUUCUUGAUGAAGAUGCGGGGGAACUCUUAGCUGAUAAUGACGCUGAUGAGGCUAGUGACGAGAGUGGAGAUGAGAUACUGGAUCUGGGAGAUGGGUUGGCAGAUGAUGGAGAAUAUGACUAUGACGACCUUGACUCAAAUGCAUUUGAAGAGGAAAAAGAUUUACUUAGAGAUGACAGUGAUGUGGAAUUUGAUGACGUUUCAGAUGAUACUGCAUCUGGGGAUGAAGGGUCAGAAAAUGACGAUGACAUUCCUAUUCUCGCGGGCGAUUCAGAUGGCAACUUAAGUGAUGACGAGAUGGUUGAUGCUGGUAAGGGCGGUGUCUCUUACACAAAGAAAAGGAGGGCAGGGAAGAAGAGUGGGUUGUCUCCAUUUGCAAGCCUGGAUGAUUAUGAGCACCUAAUGGUUGGGGAUGCUGAUGCAACAACAGCAAAGCGGAAGCACAUGGCAACAGGGAGAGCUGGUGGUGAGAAGAAACCAAAGUUGAGACCACGAAAGAAAAGGUCGCGGAGUUCAGAAUGAGAAACAUGCCUUUUACCCUUAACUCUUUUAAAAUGUUCACCACAAUGGUGUUCAUUACAUUUUUGUACUUCUGGAAGGCACAGGAUUGGGUAACGCUAUUGUUGAGCCGAGAAUGUAUUGAGAUUAGAUUAUACAGGUGCUCUCAUAUAGUAGUCCUUAUCCCACACAACGCAUUUAUACGGGCUAAGUUUAAGACCAACUCAAAGAGUUGUUUUUCUUAUUGAGUCAAAUUUUAGA